AAAGAACGAAGGAAGGAAAGAAAGAAAGAAAGAAGGAAGGAAAAGAAAGAAAGAAAGAAAGAAAGAAAGAAAGAAAGAAAGAAAGAAAGAAAGAAAGAAAGAAAGGAGAAGGAAAUCCGCGCUCCGGCGCUGGCCGUGGGAAACUCUCUCCGAAAGAGCCCGUUUUCGUUCUUGGCCGAUUUGGCACCGGCGGGUCUGAUCCGGCUGGGAUCGAAGGGGGAUCCCGGGAUGCCGCUCCGAGGAUCUCCCUGCCAGGAAGGCGGCCUCGGCCAACUCUUCGCCCGCUCCCGUCCGAAACGCUUCGCUCCGGCGCCGCCAGCUCCUUGCGCGCCCCUUACUUCCGAGGAAGCCUGCAGAGAAUCGCCCCUUCUCCCUGGGCGGCUCCGGUUCCCCGAGAGGGUCUCUUCCGCGAGAGAACGUGCGAACUUUCCCUGCAUCGCUUCCCCUUCGAUCGGUGGGGAAGGCCCUGUUUUGGGAAGACACAUUUUCCGAGCAGCUCCCCCCAAAAAGAAAACACCCGGCUUGUUUUUCACCCAUUAGCCGUUUCUCGCUACAGCCUCCCCUUCUGCGCUCUCCUAAAUUAAUUAUGCUGCUCCCCCCUUUUUAAUUUAGGGAUCUCCUUCUGAUUUCUAAUCCAAUUAUCUUUUUAAAAUUAAUAAUAAUAAUUGCUUUAUCUCCUUCAUCGCUGAGCAUGGUACCCCCAGGAAGCCCCUCGGAGUUUAUAUGGUCAUGUGGCUGUCCUUUUCAGAAAAUCCCACCCCCAAUGCCACCCCCACCCCCCCUUUGCCUCCAGACUUUGGUUUUACUUUAUUUGCCUGUCCUCCGCCAUGUUGGGAGAAUUCGGAGUAAGAUGUUUGGAGCCCGAAAGGGAAGAAACCCCUGGAGAGGAAUGAGAAACAUUUCCAGAGUUUUGCGAUGUGCAAAACCUUCGCUCUGGGAAACCCAAAUGCCCCCAGAUUCUCACAUGCGCUUUGAGAGAGAGAGAGAUUCCUGCCCCGGGGAUUGCCAACCACCUUCGCUUUGGAGGAGUUUGUUUUGAAAACCCAAAACACGAAUUUGAGGAGGCCGCCUCUUACAUUUUUUUUUUCAAACGAAAAUUUCGGAUAAACCGGGAACAUCUUUCCAGCUUUUAGCAUGAUGUCUUACCUCAAACAGCCCCCUUACGGCAUGAACGGUCUGGGGCUGGCAGGACCGGCUAUGGACCUCCUCCAUCCUUCGGUGGGAUAUCCGGCCACCCCUCGGAAGCAGCGGCGAGAACGCACGACCUUCACCCGCUCGCAACUGGACGUGUUGGAGGCGCUCUUCGCCAAGACCCGCUACCCGGACAUCUUCAUGCGCGAGGAAGUGGCGCUCAAGAUCAACCUGCCGGAGUCCCGCGUCCAGGUGUGGUUCAAGAACCGUCGCGCCAAGUGCCGGCAGCAGCAGCAGAGCGGCAGCGGGGCCAAGAGCCGGCCGGCCAAGAAGAAGGCGUCCCCGGCGCGGGAGAGCUCCGGCUCGGAGAGCAGCGGCCAGUUCACGCCGCCCGCCGUCUCCAGCUCGGCCUCGUCGUCGUCCUCGUCGUCCAACUCGUCGGCCUCGGCGGCGGCGCCCGGCGGAGCGGCCCUGGGCAACCCCGGAGGGGGCGGCGGCGGCGGCGGGGGCGGGGGCUCGGGCCCGUCGCUGGGCGGCGCCCCGUCGGCGGCCGCCUCGUCCAUCUGGAGCCCGGCGUCGAUCUCGCCGGGCGGCGGGGCGGAGGCGCUGGCCCCGGGGGGCGCGUCGUGCAUGCAGCGCUCGGUGGCGGCGGCGGCGGGCGCCUCGUCGGCGGCGGCGUCCUACGCCAUGUCGUACGGGCAGGGCGGCGGCUACGGGCAGGGCUACCCGGCGCCCCCGCCGCCGCCGCCCCCGUCGUCGUCCUACUUCGGCGGCGUGGACUGCGGCUCCUACCUGCCCAUGCCCUCGCACCCGCACGCCCACCAGCUCAGCCCCAUGGCGCCCUCCUCCAUGGCCGGCGCCGCGCACCCGCACGCCCCGCACCCGCUGGGCCAGGGCUCCGGCCACCACCACCACCACCACCACCACCACCACCAGCCGGGCUACGGCGGCGCCGGCCUGGCCUUCAACUCCGCCGACUGCCUGGACUACAAGGAGCCCGCCUCGGCCGCCGCCGCCGCCGCCGCCGCCGCCGCCUGGAAGCUCAACUUCAACUCCCCGGACUGCCUGGACUACAAGGACCAGGCCUCGUGGCGCUUCCAGGUCCUGUGAGCCACACGCGCAGGGCCUCCCCGCCGCCGGCCCCCACCCUGGCCAAGGUCUGCGGGACCGGCGCUCCCCCUUUGCGCGCCCCUCGACGUCCCGCACCUGGAGGGGACCCAGCGCGCCGCCCGCCCCUCGCCUCGCCUCGCCUCCGCCGC